CCCACUACUUUAUCCUAACAAAACCCUAAUAUUUGUGUGGUAGUGCACAUAUAUAAUCCUGAAUUCUGCGAUCUCUCUCCCUCUAUUCUUCUGAGAGGACACGUAACAAAGAGGCCGCCCCAGCAAGAAGCUGCAACUCCACUCUCUCGUCUUUCAGGAAAGUGAAGGAGAAAAUGGCAGCAGCAUACGGAGCUAUGAAGCCAACAAAGGCGGGGUUGGAGGAGUCCCAAGAGCAGAUUCACAAGAUCAGGAUCACACUCUCCUCCAAGAAUGUCAAAAACCUUGAAAAAGUCUGUGCCGAUUUGGUUCGUGGUGCUAAGGACAAGCGAUUAAGAGUCAAGGGACCAGUGAGAAUGCCCACCAAGGUUCUUCACAUUACCACUAGGAAGUCUCCUUGUGGUGAAGGAACCAACACCUGGGACAGAUUUGAGCUUCGGGUCCACAAGCGAGUUAUUGACCUGUUUAGUUCCCCUGAGGUGGUCAAACAGAUAACUUCCAUUACAAUUGAACCUGGUGUUGAGGUGGAAGUUACAAUCGCUGAUUCUUAAAUGUUAAAUGUUUUGUGCUUUUCUUUUUAGGCUUUAUGCAGUUUAUUUAGUUCUUUAGAAAACUUCGCCCCCUAUGGAUCCAUUUGAUUGGAACAUGUGCUUCAGGCCUUCAGUUUGAAGGGAUACUUGUAGGGUUAACUGUAGCAUGUGUUUUUUGUUUCAUACUAUUUUGAAGUUAAAAGAUUAUGUCAUGCAGAGUGACAAUUUUACUUAUUCAUUUCAUGAAAUGAUGUUUGCUUGCAAAA